AUGAUUUCCAACUCGGAUUUUGUUUACAUCGAGAUGGCAGGAUACAUCGCUCAACUUUUGCGGCAUAACAUAUCUCCUUCCUGUCUUCGCGCAGAAUGGGAGGGAGGUUCGUCGCUGGCAUCUCAGGGAGUAGCAGCUCAAGCCGUUGGUCCUUCGAGAACAUGGCGCAGGAUCAGGGAGAACCGUAUGAGGCUACGAGAUGAGUUAAACUUGGACUUCCACGAGUUGCUGCGUAGUUUGAGCGACAAGGGCGUCUUCACGCUCAUCGAGGCGCAGCAGAUACGUGGGAAACCAACCCCCAAACAGCAGUUUGAUGAGCUCUUUGACCUUCUCAUGUGCAAGAAUCCACAACUACACUACCCCGUUUUCCUGAAGGCUCUCACUGACAUAGACAGGAAGGAUGUCAGGGAUUUCUUAGAAGUGGAAGACGUCCAGAAAGUAUUUGUUGAAUUGGAAGCAACCAUGCCAUCUGAAGCCAAACCUGUUGUGCAGUAUUUCCGGGAAACUUACGUCGAUGGAAGAAGACGACGGAGCAGAGCCAGAAAUGAGACUGUCGAUCCACCGCAGCUGUAG